ACUUUUGUCUAUUCUUGUCAGGAUGGCAGAGAUGGAGGCAAAACUCAGAGUAAUAAUUGACGACCGAAUUGAGAAGUUGGUCCUUCCAUCAGGAAUCCCGCCCACUGUGGAGGAGCUGCAUAAUAUUGUGAAGGAGACCUUUGGGAUUUCUACUGAGUUCAGUCUUCAGUAUUUUGACUUGGAAUUUGAAGAUUAUUUUACUCUUCACAACAGUGAUCUUAUCAAACACAAAGGCACUAUAAAGGUUGUUCACACUUCUCCUAUUCUUCUGAACUUGUAUGCAGCUCAUGAAAGUUUGGACAGUUCCUUUGUUCAACAGUCCACUGACUGUGACUCUGCAUCGUUUGAAGAGUCAACUGCAUCAAAUGCAGAGUCAUCUGCUGGAACAUCUUCUUCACAGGACACCAUUAUCCUGUCUGGGCGCAGUACCGCAGAACGCUGUCAGCCAUGGCCAAAGCAGUUCCCCAUUCCACAGUUUGCAUACGAAACUGAGAUGUACCUUGAAAGAGGCAAUGAGGACUACAAGAAGAAUGGAACACUUCUCACUACCUCUAAGAUCAAGGCAGACAUACUUGAGAAACUGGCUGAAACUGUAUAUACUUAUACAGCCUAUCCAUCAGGUUCACAGAUAAGUGAUGUUGCUCAGGCACUUGUCAAUAAAUAUCCUUUUCUCAAGGAACCCGGUUCCUUUGCAGGUUACUAUGGCUGGCAGCAAAGCCUUAAAUACAAGAUGUCAAAUUAUCGCACCAAACUCAGAGGCUACGGUGUUCCUGAGGUGUUAUGCAAUGCACUGAAACACAAGACCCCUGCGGACAAGAAGUCUGCAAAGAAUGUAAAAAAGCCUCGAAAAGCAGAGGUAAAUUUCCUUCCUCCUUACCCGGCUGGAGAGGAUGAAGAAAGUCAAGAACAAGAGAGGAUUCAGUUGCUUACUGAAGUAAAGAAAAAGGACAACAACGCAUUGAUAAAAGAAAAAAUGGCCAAAACAUUUGCACACAGAAGAAACGAAAUCAUCAACCAAUCACCCAGUAUAGGGGACAUCAAAGCCAGAUGGCCCGCUCUAUUUGAGACAUCUCACAUCCAGGAUGAGUUUCACAGAAUCACAAUGGUGCAUCUUGAAUCAAAGUUCAUGUCCAAACUGGAUGAAUAUACUCCUCGACUUCUGAACCUCUUCCACUCCAAGGGCGGAAACAUGGGGUUGAGAUUGCAGGCUAUCCUACUCAAGACUCCAAGCAAUCCUGACAUCAACAUGACCAGAGAUGUUAUCAUUCGAUGUUUGAUGCUGUACCUUGGGGAAUCUACAGAUCAACUCUUAAAAGAGUACGAUGAUGCUGAUGAAGACAGUGUGUCACAGGACCUUGCUGUUCAAAGCCUGAAGAUCUACAAUGUCAAAGCUAACAUGUCAGAGGAUCCAGACAUCGGUAUCGUGGUGGACGGCGUGAAAAUUCUAACUGCUCUGGGUAACUUUCCAAGGGCUUGCUCCCUGCUUGUUGGGUUGGCAUAUGCUGUGAAUCUUGCCUAUCCAAAGGAGCUCAGAUACACGUUUGAAGUGUUUCAGAAACUUCUCCUCGGGCUGGAUAGUUCAAAGCUCUCCCCAAAAGUGAACAGCCUCAGGAAUAAACUACUGGCUUAAGAAAACGGACCCUUGCUAAACAAAAGGGAAUAGACAAGUCAAAGUCACUGUGAAAACCAACACGCAAAACUUUGUGAAAUGCUCUGUGAAGUUAGUUACAAUUAGGGUAAUUUUCAGUUCAGUGGAUUUCUGCAUGUGUAUUUUUUCUUGCAGUACAUUACAGUUAACCACCCUUUUUCUAAGGACUGACCCCUUGUUCUCAUAUGUGGUA